CGAAAUUAUGAGAUAAAGUUGAAAUGAUGAAAUAGUCAUAAUUAUGAGAUUUAAAAAGUCGUAGUUAUGGGAUAGAAAGUCAUAAUUAUGAGAUAAAAAGCCCUAAUUGUAAAAAAAAAAAAAAAAAAAAGAAAGAAAUUAUGAGAUUAAAAAGUCAUAAUUGUGGGAUAGAAAGUUGGAUUUAUGAGAUAAAAAGUCAUAAUUAUAAAAAAAAAAGUCCUAAAUUAUUAGAUAAUAGAGUCAUAAUUAUGAGAUAAAAGCCAUAAAGUGAUAAAAUUCCAAUUUAUGAGAUACAAAAAUCUAAAUUAUGACAUUGGAAACUCAAAUUAAUAACUAAGUUUUUAUCUCAUAGAUAGGACCUUUUUUUUUUUUUUUAAAUCUCAUAAUUAUGACUUACUGUUAGGGUGUUUUUUUUUUUUUAAAGAUAAAUCGAAAUGAUAUUAAAAGGUCAUUAGUAUGAGAUUUUUAAAAAAAAAUCGAAAUUAUGAGAUAAAGUUGAUAAUGAGAUUUAAAAACAUAAUUAUUAAGUUAAAAACAGUCGUAAUUAUGAGAUAGAAAGUUGUUUGAGAUUUAAAAUAAAAAUUAUGAGAUAUAGUUGAAAUUAUUAAAUAAAGUCAUAACUAUGAGAUUUUAAAAAUAAAAAAAAGUAAUAAUUUUGAGAUAAAAAGUCAUAAUAAUUUGCAUAAUGUAAAAAUGGGCUUCCAUAUUAAUGUGUAGAAGGUCCAAUUUAGCGGGACGGUCCAUUUGCUAAAUGACAUUUAAUUGUCACAUUUUCUCUUGUGCGAGCUAUUAUAAAAGGACUGCUGUUGGGAAAAAAAACAAAGUUUUCAUGUAUUCUCCAGUCCAAUAUUUCCUAUCAGUGUGUGCGACCUGCAAGUGUACCUAAUGAAUUGGCCGCUGAGUGAGGACGAGUUCCUCCUCUUAAGACGUCACGUGGACAGGUCCAACGCUAAGAGGAGGGGACACAACCGCGCAUGUGCAGUGGUAAGAGGAGGGGACACAUCCUCCCUCAAACUUCCGAUGGCGUGUUUGUGUGCCGCGGCCGCCUUGUCUUCUUCUGGACGUCGCAGCUCCUCCUCGCCUAAAGAUCAGCGCUCAGGAGCUGAAAAUGCCCGCCAGAGAAUCCCUGUUUUUAUUAACGGUGGUGAGUUCUACUAUCUUCACCGCCUCACUGGAAUGCCCGCCGCUUUGCACUUGCUCUAUCAAAUAUAGACGCCAUUUUGCUGAAUGCUCCUACAAAGACUUGGCCACAAUCCCAUCCGACCUGCCACACAAUGUCGCCACUCUCAGUCUCUCGGCAAACAAGAUCCGUACGGUACCACGAGGCGUUUUCGCCAACGUUACCCGGAUGAUGUCACUGUGGAUGGCCCACAACGAAAUCGUCUCUAUGGAGCCGGGAAGCGUCUCGUCUCUGGUUCAUCUGCGCAACUUUGACGUCAGCCAUAACAAGAUAGCCGACUUUCCAUGGGGCGAUCUGCAGAAUCUGACUCGGCUGCAGCUGCUGAAGAUGAACCACAAUGAAAUGGGCAGUCUUCCUAGCGACGCCUUGGCGAACCUCAAAGACCUGAGGUCCCUCCAUCUCAACAACAACAAACUUCUGACUAUAUCAGAGGGGACAUUCGACUCCUUGACUUCUCUGUCCCAUUUGCAGCUCUUCAACAAUCCUUUUGCGUGCACUUGUUCACUCAGCUGGUUCAGAGAUUGGUUCUUGACCUCCACCCUCUCAGUCCCCAAAAUGAACCUAAUGACUUGUGCUACUCCAAAGGAACUUAAAGGAGAGAUGAUUGUGAACUUAGCUGAGUCCAAAUGCGCUCAGCCGACCGUCACAAUCAGGACUCAGCCACAUGUUGGCGACACAACUUUGUAUGAGGGCGAUGCUUUGGUUUUAACUUGUGACUUCAAAGGCAACCCAACGCCAUUGGUCAUGUGGAGUAUUCGCAGUCACCCGAAAGAACCUCAUCACUCCUUCUUGUCCAAUAGUCCGGUCCAAAUCUAUCACAAUGGAACCGUCAUCAUCUCACAUCUCAGCAAGGAUGACAGCGGCAACUAUAGCUGCUCUGCCUCCAACAAGUUUGGUACGGCGAUUGACUCACUCUUAGUCAAAGUGUCAUCAGGGCCAACGUCUGUAGCUAUGACCGAUACAACACAACAACCGGUCGUACCUGAAACAUCUGUGUUUGAUUCUGUAGCUGAGAGAAAAGAAGUCUUGCUUACCUCCUUCCCGACCGCAGAGAUCACCCCUCAGUAUUUUGAGGAGUCGGUAGGUGCGACCAAAUGCGGCUUGACUGCUAAAACGAGACAUGUUUCAAACCAUGUCUUCAAUUGGAGCUUGGAUGACACCACUCAGCACGUGUUUGACUAUGGCGUCAUUGCGCUGGGGGUGUCAGAAACGGAGGUCACCGUAAAACUCAACCCUCUUCUAAUACCCAGAGACAGUAACUGGACUAUCGCAGUCUCACCAGAUAGUCCUCACAAUGUCAGCCAAAAGCCUCACAGGCUUCAAGAGAACUCUGAAGAAUCCCGUUCAAGAGGGUUGUAUCUGUGUGUCACCGCUGACCGCAAGCACUCGCCUGUGCUGUGGUCACAGAUUAAAGAGGGCAUCAACACCUACCUACUCAGUGGUCUACGACCAGGUACAAACUACUCCCUGUGUCUGACCUACAAAGGGGAGGACUGUGAGGUUCAAGUGCUCUUCGCCACCAGAAGAAAAGUCCCUAACCUGAUCAUCAUAAUCACAGUCAGUAUUUGCCUUCUGACCGUGUCAACCGUCCCCCUACUUGGAGCCACAUGUUUCCACUUGGUGUACAAAUACCGCAGCAAGACGUACAAGCUGAUCAUGAAGGCCAGAGACCAGUACCAGAUGGAAAGGACGCUUGCCACUAACGUUAACGUCCACGCACUUCUAACCGAGUCUCAGGGGGACAUGACCAUCAGUCAGCUGGAUGAGAGUGGAGAUGCAGAGAAGGAGGCGGACACGGAAGAAAGCAUAGUGACCGAGUCUCAGUCCAGAGGGAAUUUGGACGACUGCGAGGUCGGAUCGGAGUUCAGCGAGGGGCUUCCUUUGGGGGCUGAAGCGGUCAAUAUCUCUAGCAACGACAACAUCAGUGACUGUGAACCGGAUGUAGCAUAAAAUAACCUUGUUGCACUUUUAAGCUGACAUUGUGCUUUGUGCCAGUGUUGUGUCGUGUUAUUUAGGGAUGGGUAUCGAAUUCUGUAGCUUUACAGAUACCAAUCGACGUCCGUUGUUACUACUGCGUACAGAUUAAAGUAAAAUCAAACAGUACCGUAGUUCGAGGCCUCCGUUGCACAAGGACUCAAGCCGACUGCGACACAAUUUGAACUGCCAACAAAGCAAGAAGAAGGCACUGGAAAGUACAGUAGGACUCCGUUUUUCAAAAUGCACUAGCUCAAUGCUAAUUUAUAUUAGAUUUGCUGUAGACGUGCUACUGAUUAGCAUUAGCAAUUUUACAUGGCGAUUUCAACACCUCCAAAUCAGUUAAUGGAAACUGCAACUAAGUUUAAUACUUACUGUAUAAUCCACUUUGUAGGGCUCAACAAAAGACAAGAAUGGCUCAUUCAACAUGAUGGCAAAGACUACUUCUUGGUGAAGGCAACACACUGCCAUCUAAUGUCUUGGAAUGGCAACUGCAUGCAAGGUCCACACCAUAUAAUGCAGUAAAGUACUUGCAAAUGAGACACAAAGGUGUAAGAGAACAAAAUGAUGAUUUACCAGCAGAGUUCAGUGUUAAAUAAAUACAACAUUUGAUUUAUUUAUAUACAAAGGUACAGAAAAUUGGUACUGUCGAGAACUGCUAUUGACUCCCAAGUACCAGGAAUUAGGGUCAGAUUGAUUCAAAGGUGAAAGGUACUCAUGGCUAGUCUUAUGUUGACAUACUCCAGUCAGAUACGCACAAUCACUUACCUACUCAUUACCUAACCAACUAACUUAUCAACCCGACAGUGAUGAAUGUCGCAGACGGUGCAUUAAUUCUGCACAAUAACUUGAAAUCACUAUUUUGUCGCUAUUUUGGGGCAUUAAGACUUUGCUGCUCAUUGGUUUUCUAAUUGAUUGCCUCAAAUCUCUCCAAGAUCUUGUCAGCGCCAACUCAAAGGGGACCUAUGAUGAUUCUCAUCCACAUUCAAAACACUUUCUUGUAGUCUAGAAGUAUUGGAUAUGCUUUGGUGUCAAUUUUGCUCCAGAGUCACAUAUUUAUAACCGUCUUUCUGCAUGGGUCGGUUUGUGUUUGGAGCCAUUCCCUUUAGUUUGCA